AUGCACGCCUUCGGGCCUCCCGCCGAGCCGCCCCUCGCCCGGGAGCUGCUGGACGCGGCUCUCCGCCCGCCCGCCGGCGGUCCCUACGCGUGGCUCGGCGGCCCCGCCGCCCCCUACCCGCCCGCUGCUCCGUUCCCACCGCCGUGCCCCGAGCGGGGCUGGACGUCGCCGCUCCCGCAGCACGAGGGUCCCCGCCCGGCACGGCCGCCCUACUCGUAUUCGGCGCUCAUCGCCAUGGCCAUCCACAGCGCGCCGGGCCGACGGAGGACCCUCAGCCAGAUCUACCAAUACGUGGCCGAGAAUUUCCCUUUCUACAAGAAGAGCAAGGCGGGCUGGCAGAACUCCAUCCGACACAACCUGUCCCUCAACGACUGCUUCAGGAAGGUCCCGCGGGACGAGGAUGACCCAGGUAAAGGCAACUACUGGACGCUGGACCCCAACUGCGAGAAAAUGUUCGAUAACGGCAACUUCAGGAGGAAGAGGAAGAGGCGUCCGGAGGCCGGAGACGGCGGUGGGGCUGCGGGGAGCCCCCGUGUGAGCACAGCCCCCGGGCACGGCCAGAUGCACUGAGGUGGAGGAGGAAGGAGUGUUUUUGCGAUGCGUAACUGUACAUUUCUGUAGGUCUAUAAAUAGA